UACAUGUUAUGGUCCAGAUGGUCGUGUAGUAUCUAAUAAUAAAGAUUUAGUUAUAAAUAAUAUCAACAGAAAUCAAUCUGGUAUAUAUAACUGUACAGCUAUUACAGUAUUACAACCUACUAAUGGUAAUCAACAAACUAACACAGACAGUAAAACUGUACUGGUUGAUGUACGAUAUCUGGAUCCAGUCAUCAUACAAUCUGAUACAACUGAUGCAGAUGAAGGUCAGCCGUUUAACUUGUCGUGUUCUACCAAUAGUAACCCUAUAGCUACCAUGACAUGGACUACACCAGGUAGUAAUACUAAAGAACUAACCACCAAUUCUAUGAACUAUUAUAAAGCUACAGCUGAUUGUCUAGAUACAGGAUUAUAUACAUGUACAGCUGUUAAUAGUCAGAUACAGACACCUGUUAAUAAAACACAGGAUGUAAAUAUACUAUGUACCCCUCGUCAAUACCCCAAAGUUAAAUCAGUGAUGAAAGUUGUUGGUAAUGUAUCUGAAACAGUUCAACUGUCUGCCAGUAUAUUGGCCUAUCCUCAACCAACAUUUACAUGGUAUAGACUGGACAAACCUAUUAAUAUAAACGAUGCACUGUAUCAACAAGUAGAUAUUCAGAAUUCUACUAAUAUAUUUAUGCCAACUUUAACUGUUAAAAUCAAUUCAACUGACUUUUAUGGGGAUUAUAAAGUCAACAUUUCCAAUGAUAUCGACCAUAUUAUAUUAACCAUAACACUCACUACACAAUCUGAACCAGAUGUACCCAGGGAAUUUAUAUUGGACAGUUUAUCUCACAGUUCGAUCUGUAUUAAGCUAAAACCAGGUUUUGAUGGUGGAGAUAGCCAGACGUUUAUUUUUGAAUAUUCUGCCGACAACAAAACUUGGAUGAACGCAACAACAGUAAAGCUAACUAACGAAGGCGAUGUUUUAAACGGCUGUAUAGAAAACCUCAACCCAGACACCCAGUACUUUGUGAGAGUAACUGCUAGUAACAGGUUUGGCUCAUCAAAACCAGUUCACCUGGUGACUACCCAAGCGUUAAAAACUUCUGCAGCACCAGAAGAUCAUAGUGAGUCUAAUGUUGGACUGAUUGUAGGAGUUGUUAUUGUUAUAUUGGUUAUUAUAAUAACAGUUAUUAUUGUUAUUAUAUUUAUUAGACGACGAAGACAAAGGGCUAUUCAAGGUGACAGAAGAUCUGCAAAGAACUCAGAUAACCAACAAGAAGGAUUAACAACAGGCAUUUCCUUUUGUUAUGACGUAUAG